AUGCACCGCCUCCUCGAACUCCCCAUCCUGCACAUGAAGAUCCACCUCCUCCGCCGGCGACUUAAAAGGUGCCAGAAGGAGAUCGACCGGCUCGAUGGCACAAUCAAUCUCUACAAAAAUCUACGCCUCAUCGGUAGGCCGAACAUAGUGGUGGAGGAAGCUAUGCAUGAGAAGAGGGUGGAGAUACUGUUCAAGAUGAGAGAUAUGAACGAGGACGUGAAUAUUUUGGAGAGUCGCAUCAUGACGCUGAAGAGUGAGAGGGAGAGGAAGAAAGGACGGUAG